GGGGAGCACCUCUCCAUCUAACAGCGUCCCCAUCUCACGUUACCGAGCUGUAGUGAAGUGGUGGAGUCAGCACAAACCCUAACUGAGCCACUAAAGCCUACCUUCUCACACAAAGGUGAUCAAUCCCUGCAUCAACAUUUUACACUGAAUUUCUGUGGCGAGUGCGCACCACCGGUGAGUCGAUUCACAAUGGAACGGGGCGGUGCGGCGAAUCUAUGCCCGGUCUGUCGGUGGGUGUUGUGAGUGACGGCGGCAGCUGAGGAGCUGGAAAGAUAAUUUUCUCUUGGGACUUCGCGCUUGUGGAGUGCCUUAUCUGGAGGCAACGUGAGGAGCGCACAUACAGCCAGAAAACGGACAUCUCCUUCUUCCCUCCUCCUGCGCCCAACAGCUGCUGAGGAGCUGCCCGAUUAGUAAGAAAUAAACACCGAGAAAGCAGGAAAUUAACCUUUUAGCAGUGCAGAGACAAGGCCAGUACAUUCAAAGCCAAAAGGCUGCGGGCCCAUAGUAUGGGAGCGCUAUGUUGUCCAGGAAAGGACUCAUUCCUGAGGAUUACUUGCUGACACGUUUGGCUGAGAAUGUCUUGCAGCCAAAGUUCAAAGACAAACGGAGGAAAGCUCGGUUCGUCGCAAAGAACGGCACCUGCAAUGUAGCGCACACCAACAUCCGAGAACAGGGCCGGUUCUUGCAGGACGUCUUCACCACUCUCGUGGAUUUAAAAUGGUUCCACACGCUCAUCAUUUUCACCAUGUCCUUCCUGUGCAGCUGGCUCCUUUUCGGGAUGAUCUGGUGGCUCAUUGCCUUUUCGCACGGCGACUUGGACCAGAGGGGAGACGACUUUGUUCCGUGCGUAACGGACAUCCACUCCUUCGCCUCCGCUUUCCUCUUCUCCAUAGAGGUCCAGGUGACCAUCGGCUUCGGGGGCCGGAUGGUCACGGAGGAGUGUUUCUCCGCCAUCCUCGUCCUGAUCGUGCAGAACAUCGUCGGGCUGCUCAUCAACGCCAUCAUGCUCGGCUGCAUCUUCAUGAAAACCGCGCAGGCCAAUCGGCGCGCAGAGACGCUCAUUUUCAGCAAGCACGCAGUCAUCUCUGUCCGAAACAACAAGCUGUGCUUCAUGAUCCGCAUCGGGGACCUGAGGAAAAGCAUGAUCAUCAGCGCCACCGUGCGGCUGCAGGUGGUCAGGAGAACCGCCACCCAGGAGGGCGAGAUGGUGCCUGUGGACCAGGUCGACAUUCACAUGGAUAACCCAGUGGGCACCAACGGUAUCUUCCUGGUGUCCCCGCUCAUCAUCUGUCACGUGAUCGACAAGGACAGUCCUCUGUAUGAGAUGUCCGCUUUCGACCUGCAGCACGAGGAGCUGGAGGUCGUGGCAGUGCUGGAGGGGGUGGUGGAGACAACGGGCAUCACCAUGCAGGCCAGGACCUCCUAUGUGUCGGAGGAGAUCCUGUGGGGGCAGCGCUUCGUGCCCACAAUCUCUGAGGAGGACGGCAUGUACGCGGUGGACUACUCCAAGUUCGGGAACACCGUGAAGGUCCCGACUCCGUUUUGCAGCGCUAAGAAACUGGAUGAGGCUGGCGGCAUCGCUCGGUUUAAACUGAACGAGGGCGUCACCUUGCGGGCGACCGUGAGAAAGCGGCGGGGCACCCCGGCGGUGCGCAGGUCCAGGAUGGACACUUAAAAAGUGAACUAUGUAAACCAUGUCUGCCAGCAUUUUAUAUGAGAGUUAAUUAUUUAGGUUUGAAGAUAGUUAGAUGACUAAUACUUGUUUUAUUAUUAAUAUCUUGCUGUAAUCAAUAAUCCAAAUCUCAUCUCUAUAUGCAGUAAAAUGUAGACGCACACGCUUUUUACUCAGGGUCAGUGUGAAAAUGCCCAAAGACAGAUGCACUGAGUAUUAUGGGAUGCAACAGUUAUAAACAAACGAGGUGUUCUGGUACCCAGAAUGAAGAGAAAGUCCAAUUUGGGUGCGUUUGAAUCUUUUCUUUUUAAUCAAGAGUGACUGCAUGUAUGCAUAAGCAAUAAAGGAGAAGCUUCAUGUAAAGUGUGUUGUGGACGAAGAGGCCAACUCGUGAUUUAAAAAGGGACAAUGAUAUAUUGUAUUUCUAUUGAGUUAGAGGACUCACAGGCAGAGCCCGACUGAUACUGGAGGUUCGAGUCUGAUAUCAAUAUUUGAGUUUGGAAAAUUCAGUAGACUUGAUGAUCUGGAACAUUUUUGAUAAUAACUUCAAUUUGGUUAAUCAUUUGAGACCAGGAUAUGUGCAGGACUUUCAACAGAUGAAUACAUUUGUCGUGUGAUAUGUCAUAAGUCAAUAUCAACGGAGACAUUUUCCUGGCUCAUUUAAAGUGAGAAUUGAAGCAGGCUGAGAUUUUCUGACUUUUUAGUCCCUAAACUGCAAUCCUACAUAACCAUCUUUUUUAUUGGACCCUCCCCGUCUGAUUGAUUUCCACAUCUUUCAAAUUAUAUGCAAGUCUGUACUCACCAAGCUAUUUUCACAGUCACAGGAGACUUUACACGAUUGAUUUUUUACAGACCAAGCAGUACUCAUGACCAGUAAACUAGUCGAGUUCCCCUUUAAAAUUAGCAUCAUGUUUAUGAGGCUGCACGCAAGAUGCUCAUGUUUCUUUCCUCUUGCAGUAAUUUACACAAAACACAUAAGAUACAAAAGACACCGAGGCAAAAUGGCAUUUCUCUUUUAUUAGAUUAUAAUCCGCAGAGCUUAAAAUAUUAAAUUGCUUUUAAUUUAGUUAAUAAUUAAAAUACAUAAAAACGAGAGCCAAAACUGAAGAACCCUGCAAAAACAAAAA